AUGCAUUCAGGUGAUGUUGUUGACCCGGUGGGUGGCCUGGACAACGCCCUUGGUGAGUCUGCAGGCGACAUCUUACUAUGUGAUAUUGGAGUUAAGGUGUUUCAUCUUAUGAGAAUGUUCUUUGAUAGUCAAGUAGCAACUUACAUUGCCUCUAAUUUGGUUUUCCAUGAGCGACCCUUUGAACACAAGCAUAAGAGGCUGCGCCAGACUGGGCAACAAGCUGGGCGCCCUAGGCGCAGGCAAGGCAAGUUGGGUGACGCCCGCGCUGGUGCAGGAUGUGGCACCAGGCAAUUGAGGCAGGUUAUGCAACGCCUGCGUAGGCAUAGAGGCGCCAAGUGUAGGUUGGGCGCUAGGCACUAG